GGAGGGCGCUUCUUUGAAUUUCUUUUUGAUAUCUCUCACAAAAAUGGAAGAAAGCAAUGAUCCUAAACUGAUGGAUUUCAGUAGUGCCAGUGAAGCUUCUAUUAAGUUCUUUGUCCUUUCGUCUAAUAUGUGGAUGAAUAUGCAAAAACAAAAGGCAAAUGUUGAAUUGUGGCAAAAGGCUUUGCAUAAUCUUCUUUUAGAGUAUUCAAGAAGAAGAAUUAGAGAUACUGAGUGCUUCUACAGUUCAAAUUUGAAUGAACUACUGGAAUAUGUUCGCUCCCCUACACUGUUCCACAAAACCUUCCGUGUAACCCUGCCAGCAUUCUUAGAACUUAAAAAUCUACUUUAUGAUGAUGAUGCAGGCCAUAUCAAGUAUAUCCCUGAAAUUGACCUUCUAGUGUUUCUAUUUUGGUUAUCUGAUGGUGCAUCAUACGAAAAGGUAUCAGAAUUUCUCAAUGUUCCUGUGUCUACUCUUCAGGAUAAAACUGAUGAAAUAUUGCAAAAAUUUGCUUCAAAAAUGUCUCAUGUUAUUCGUUUCCCGAAAGAAAAUAUCUGUGAGAUUGGAAAAAAUUUCCAAAAGAUAGCAGCCUGCCAUGCAUUUGGUCUUGUCAUUGGAUGCUUAGAUGCUUAUCAUGUGCGUAUCCAGCCCACGUCAAGAAUUAAUAAAACUGAAUUUUUAAACAGUGAGAAUGAACUUUCAGUUCAAGUUCAAGUUGUUUGUGACCACAAGGGGUCUAUCAUGUCAUUGGAUGUUGGAUUUCCUGGCAGCUGGACCAAACUACAAAUAUUGCAACAGACUCCCUUGUAUUUGAACAAUACAGUACCUGAUGGACAUAUUUUACUUGCUGGCAUUGAUUAUCCUUGCCUGCUACAACCUGUUUGCGUACUGCCACCUUAUGCACUUUGUGACAAUAUUUUAAAGGAACGUUUUAAUGAACAUUUAUGCAAAGCUAAUUCUGUGUUAACCUAUAGUGUUGGUCAGCUGUUUGCACGUUGGAGAAGACUUUUUUCAAAACCCUUAAACCUUUCUUUAUCAGUAAUUACGAAAACUAUAAUUGCGUGUUCAGUAAUACAAAAUAUUUCUAUGCAGAAGGGGGAUCCAUGGCCUGAAGAAGAACCUGUUGUUUUCUUAUGUGAUAAGUUCAAACAAAAUGAAAUUGACGACUUAGUUAGUGGAGAAAAAACUAGGAAACAGAUUUCCGAAUUGAUUGUAUUUGAUGAUGAAGUGAAAGAAAUUGCCUGUGACUAUACUGUUUAUAAAAUGUAAAAAGCGAGCUUUGUUGUCAAAUUAAUUACAAUUCAAUUUUAUUGAAGAGGAUGAAUAGUUAUUUCAUUGCACAAUGAAAUCUUGUUACACUGAAUUUCAAUAUAAGGAAAUAUCCGUUUCAACAAAAUAUAUGUUCAGUCCUAAUUUAUUUUCUCCCAUAUGCUUGAAUUUCCUUACAAUGCAAUUGUUAUUACAAAAAACAAAAUUUGAUUCAGUGAAGUUUGUUGUAACGGGAUUUCACUAUAUUAAAUUGUUUUUCACUUUAAUUGCAUUGUCAUUACCAAGGAUUUUUGAUUUUGUAAAUUUGUCAUCGAAGAAUAAACAAAGAUUGGUACAUAUAUGGCAGUGAGAAGCAAAGGGAUGUAAGUGAAUUUUUCAAGUUUCAAGAAAAACGCAUUUAAAGUUCAGAUCCUAGGUAGGCUUCCAUUGAUUUUGUUUUCUAAAUCAUUCAGUUUAGCAAAACCUACCACAGCUACUAGUACUACCCUUUGCACCAAUGCAGAGGAGAGUUUCUUAUUCCUUUUGCACAAGGAUAUCCGGAAAAUUUUAAUUUUGCAACUAACAUCCCUACUCUUCUCAUUGCCUUAUGUAUGUUUAAGUACAUUUUCAUAUAAAUACUCUUCUAUUCUGUUUGCAUUUUUGUUGUUAACUCAAAUUUUAAAAAUUGAAAUGUUGGUUAUUUAAUUGCAUUCAAGUAGUCUACAGUUCCAUUGUAUUUGUUGUCACAACUAAGAAGUUUUGAUUUUGUUCUUGUCAUCAAAAAAUAAACAAAGAUCACAUUACUUAUAUGUGUUGCAUAUAUUUUCCAAACCAUUACUCUUUUAUUCUGAAUACAUUUUUCUUGUUAACUUAAAUUUAAAGUAUAGAUUGGUUAUUUAAUUGUAUUCAAGGAUUCUUCAUUUCUAUGAUGAUGGUCUAUGAUUUCGAGUCACAACUGACUACAACUGUAUUUAUGUUGAGGACUGCAUACUAAGUGCCUUGCCUCCGUUAUUUUUUAUACCGAUAGAUGGCAGCACGAUCACCGGAUCGAACAGUUAAUGAGAAUUUAGAACUAGACCAGGAGCUAAUAGCUACCUGGUGCUAGCACCCCCAGAGGUAUCGUUUCACUUGGAGGACAUUGAGACCACGAGUAUUUUUCAUUUCAAUUGUAUUUAUUGUCACAACUAAGAAUUGAUUUCGUACAUUUGUCAUCAAGGAAUAAACAAAGAUUUUGUUACAAAAUUGUUUUAAUAUGUUUCACAAAUUAAGUCUUUUAUUAAGUUUAGAUGUUUGUUGCUGACUCAAAUUUUAAAAAUUAAAAUACUCAUAUAUUUUAUUUUCUUCAGUUCAACUGUAUUUAUUCUCACAACUAAGAAUUUUUGAUUUUGUACAUUUGU